CCGGGUGUGUCCGUGUCUCCGCGGGCAGAGAAGGGUGUCAAGCGCGCUCUGUGCAUUUUAAUCUUGUCUAGGAGGACCUUCCUUGUCGUCAGUUCCUAGAAGGGCUACCCAGAUCCAAUGAUAGCUGGACAAGUCAGUAAGCCCUUGCUGUCAGUGCGGAGUGAAAUGAAUGCGGAGUUGAGAGGUGAGGACAAGGCUGCUACUUCAGACAGCGAGCUGAAUGAGCCCCUGCUUGCGCCCGUGGAAUCAAAUGACAGCGAGGACACUCCCAGCAAGCUCUUCGGGGCCAGAGGAAACCCAGCACUGUCAGACCCAGGCACUCCUGAACACCAGGCCAGUCAGACCCACCCCCCUUUCCCAGUUGGACCACAGCCACUUCUGACAGCACAGCAGUUAGCCUCGGCAGUUGCUGGUGUGAUGCCCGGAGGCACGCCGGCCCUCAACCAGCCUAUCCUCAUCCCCUUCAACAUGGCCGGACAGCUAGGGGGGCAGCAAGGACUGGUCCUCACACUGCCUACUGCGAAUCUCACCAACAUCCAAGGGCUGGUAGCAGCAGCUGCAGCCGGAGGCAUUAUGACUCUGCCAUUGCAAAAUCUACAAGCUACCUCAUCCCUGAACUCCCAACUCCAGCAGCUCCAGCAGCUUCAGCAGCUCCAGCAGCAGCAGCCGCCACCGCCCCCGGCCCCGCCGGGCAGCCAGCACCCGCAGCCCGCCCCGCAGCCCCAGCAGCCGCCGCCCCAGCCCGCCCCGCAGCCCCAGCAGCCGCCGCCCGCCUCCCAGCCACUGCCGGCUCCGCCCGCGCAGCCCCCGCAGCCUCCAGCCCACCCUCACCCCCAGAGCCAGAACCAGCCGUCUCCGACUCAGCAGAGCGCCAGCCCCCCUCAGAAAGCCAGCCAGUCUCCGGGACACGGCCUCCCGUCGCCGCUCACGCCACCCAAUCCUCUGCAGCUGGUUAAUAAUCCACUAGCAAGUCAGGCUGCAGCGGCUGCAGCAGCAGCAGCCAUGGGCUCCAUAGCAAGUUCACAGGCCUUUGGCAAUACCCUCUCCAGUCUGCAGGGGGUCACGGGUCAACUAGUUACUAAUGCACAAGGACAGAUUAUUGGGACCAUUCCUCUGAUGCCGAAUCCAGGGCCCUCAAGCCAAACACCGAGCGGCACUCAGGGCCUUCAAGUGCAGCCGAUCACCCCCCAGCUCCUGACGAACGCCCAGGGCCAGAUCAUUGCCACAGUUAUCGGGAACCAGAUCCUGCCUGUGAUCAACACGCAGGGCAUCACGCUCUCCCCCAUCAAGCCCGGCCAGCAGCUCCACCAACCCUCCCAGACGUCAGUGGGUCAAGCAGCCUCCCAAAGCAGUCUUCUGCACCUGGCUCACAGCCAAGCAUCCAUGUCUCAAAGCCCCGUCCGGCAGGCUUCCUCCUCUUCCUCCUCAUCCUCCUCUUCUUCAGCUUUGAGCGUGGGCCAGUUAGUCAGCAAUCCUCAAACGGCUGCGGGUGAGGUGGAUGGGGUUAAUCUGGAGGAGAUCCGAGAAUUUGCCAAAGCUUUUAAAAUCCGGCGCCUGUCCCUCGGCCUGACCCAGACUCAGGUGGGCCAGGCCCUCAGUGCCACAGAGGGCCCCGCGUACAGCCAGUCGGCCAUCUGCAGACACACCAUCCUGAGAAGCCACUUUUUCCUACCACAGGAAGCCCAAGAGAACACUAUAGCUAGCAGUCUGACAGCCAAACUGAACCCUGGCCUUUUGUAUCCUGCCAGGUUUGAAAAGCUGGACAUCACUCCUAAAAGUGCCCAGAAGAUCAAGCCGGUGCUUGAGCGGUGGAUGGCUGAGGCUGAGGCCCGCCAUCGAGCAGGACCUGCUCCAAAAUUCCAUCAAGAAAAGCUCCCCAAGAAGAGAAGUUAACAAGAUAACAUAUGAUGGAUGCUAAAUGUUUAAACAUAUGCCAGCAGCACUUACAUAAGGCCUGCUCAGUUCGGAGAUCUAUAAUUGGGAGGGUAUAACUAGGACAGUGAAAAUAUAAAAUAAAAUAAUCUUCCAGAGUGGAAUAAAAAAGAAAUAUAUUCAUCCCACAGUCGUAAAACCAUUCAUGUGCAGUGAUUUUUUUUAUAGUUUUAUAAUUUUGUAUUGUUUUAUAAAUUAUUUAUAAGGUGUUGUAAUGCUUCUUAUAUUAAUUUUUUACAGAUAACUUUUUUGCUACAAGGCAUAAAAAGGUGCCUGAACAGAUUCUUAGGAAUAUAAAUUAUACUGUGUAACUCGUAAGUCUUUGGGACCACACCUACUGCUUAAUUUUAUUACUGCAUCUCUUAUUUCCACUUGUAAGCAACUUCAUAUGCCAGUAGCAUUUAAGUGUCUUUUAGGUUUCCAUGAACUGAAGGUUGAGGUUGCCACUAACAAAAGUAAAAGCCGCUUCAGGCAUAUGUGAUUGUAUUUCAAGCUUCAAUAUUUUUCUUACAUAUUUUAAAAUGACUGUCAUCUUCAUUUUCUUCAUUGUUUAAUGAAAAAGAAAAAAUGACUGAUGUUAUACUUGACACUUGUUUGUGGUUUUUUUUUUCAAUCAAAAAAAAGAAAACAUUGUGAACAGUUGAGAGUUUUAAUUGCAUUGCAAGGUUUUUGGUUUCUUUAUGUUGUAGUCACACAAUACACACACACACAUACACACAUGCACCCACACACACACUCCACAGAAAGAGAGAACAGAAAAGCAAAAGGAGCUAGGGAAAAAAAAAAGCAAACAAGUAGAGGUGUAUCAAAGAACUCAAGCUAUAACCAAAAAGAAUUGUAAAAUGCCUUUGCUCAUCUUCUCUACGCUGGACCAAAGCUCAAUAUUUGUAGGUAUAUGCACAUUGUAUAGAUAUGGCUAAACGUUGCUGACAAUCUUGCAAUACUAAACUGUUCCUAUUUUAAGAAAAAAAAAAAGAAAUACAAACUGUUCAUCAAUGUUUUACCUCAGCACUCUACUUGUACCCAGUUAAUGAUCAAGUUUAAAAAAAAAAAUGGAGAAAAAGGAAAUUGAUUUUCAUUUCAAGGUUUGACUGGAAUAUCUGUUUGGAUAACAUUUUGUAAUGAGCUUUUUGUCACGUGAUUUGCCUGUCUUCAACUUGAAAUUCUGUGAGGCACAAUUUGUUUAUUUGUUGUUAAGGAGGUGAUUUCUUUUUUUUUUUUGUCCUACGUGCUGUGAUCCAGACUGGUUACCAGAGUCACUGAUGAGACAUGGCAAAGAAAGCUGCUUUCUCUGCACCUGGAGCAGGCAGCAGAAAGGAGGGCAGGAAAACAGACUGGGUUGUUUUGAAAAAAGCAUCAUGACGAAAUAUUGACAUGAUGGACUUGUGACCAAGAAGCCAAACUGGAUAUUUAAAAGCUCCUUACUUGCUCUGACAUUGAAACCAAAGCUGAUUUAUCUGCACAGGUUGCUUAAUGUUUUAAAAAAUAAAACUGACAAAACUGUACUUAAUCUAGAGCAAUAUCUGUAUGGUCAGUUAAGCUGCACUUUGUGUAUUUCUUAACAGCUUCAGA